CCGGCUGGUUCGGUCCGCGACGCGCGUCAGUUGACUCAGUUCGAGGUUUGAACACUCCAGGGUGACCACUGACCAGCGCCCGCCGCCGCGCGCCGCCGCGUCCAUCGCAAGCGACGCGGGACAUCUGCACCUCCGCGUGGCACCGCGCGCGCCAAGAAAAAAGCAUGGUCCUCGACCCCGCGCGCAAGCCGAGCGCGAACUUCCCCGCCGAGCUCCUCGGCGGCGACGACCCGUGGGCACCCGCGGCCACCGCCGCGUGUCCGGAAGCCGACUCGCCGCGCGCGCCGCCCUGGGUGCCCGCGGCGGCGGCCCCGCGCCGCGAGGCCCUCGAGCCCCUCGCCGAGCACCCGGGCUCCAACCGCCGCGUCAGCUGGUCGCCGGGCGCGGCCGACGUCGAGAGCGAGACUGAGGCUGAUGUGGCCUGGAGCGAUGAGGCCGCUUCGGAUGACGAAGAUGACGACGACGUGACGCGGGCCUGCCUCGAGCUGCUGCGGGGCGGCCGCGCGACGCGCUGGCGGUCGGCGCGCGCCGCGUUCCUCGCGCUGCGUCUGCGUCCCGCGUCCGCGUCUGGUGUCCUUCGCGACGCGCGUCACGCGAUACGACGCAGGCGGGCCCGACGCACAAAGCGUCACGCCGCAGUGUUUGAGGAAGGCCUUCCGGGACCUCUUCGCCGUCGACCUCGACGGAAGCGAGGCGCGGGCGCUCGCGCGCUCGCUGGGCAAUGGUGAAGAGGAGGUCUCCUACGCGGCCUUCGCCGCGGCGCUCGACGGGAGGCGCGUGCCGUACGGCGACGCCGCGCCGGAAAGGGAGCGGAACCCCGUCAACCCCGAGCCUGAAAUUCCAGAACCGGAACAGGGCUUCUCCGCGGCCGCUGCUGAUGCGGCGUUCCGCGAGGGCCUGCUAGCGGCCCACGAGACGAUCGCCCGGUCCUGGCUCGCGCUGCGCCGGCUGCAGGCCGACGACCGCCGCGACCUGUCGUACGACGCGUUCGUGGCGGGACUGGAGCUGUACGGCGCCGCCGCGACGGGCGCGGACGCCGAGGCGAUCUACGCGUUGUAUGUGGGCGCGCCCGCUGCGUUGAGACGCCGGCCCCUGGCCUUCGCGGCCUUCGCGCGGCGCUUCGCCGACGGCGGCGUGCUCCGCCCGGGUUUACGAGCGUCCGCUAGGGCGUUCCGCCGCGCACCCGUCCAGUAGUGUGGAUAUCGCGGUGCCCGCCCGGCGGACGUAGAAAGAGGUACCCGCCGCCGGCGUAAGAAGCCGUUCCCCCGA